GGUAACACUGUGAAAAACGGAUUUGACGCCCAAGUUGUUCCCCGCGUUUAAAUCCGGCGCCCCGCCUGCAAGACUGGACCGGACACCUACCGAGAUAUCACAACUUUUCAAACUCUUCACUGUGGGAGAUCUUGACGAAAGCAAACAACGCAAGCUAUUCAGUGGCAGGUCCUGGUCUUUUCUUCUUCUUUUUAGUCAUCCCCUAAAACAUGUCUUCCAAACUCCACCAGGCGCCUCCUUUCAGGGCCGAGCAUAUGGGCUCACUCCUCCGUCCCCAGAAGCUCCUUGACAUUCGCGAGGGCAAGAUCCGCGACCAGGGCCUGUCCGAAGAGGAAGCCGGCCUCCCGUCCGUCGAGAAGGAGUCUGUCGCCGAGGUGGUGCAACUGCAGCGCGACCUGGGCAUCAAGGGCGUUACCUCGGGCGAGUUCAACCGCACGCGCUUCUGGGGGCUCAUGUGGGACGAGUUCGAGGGCACCACCCGCCUGCAGGAUGCCGAAGCCAGCAUGUUCCGCCUGUACCACCCGGACGUCGUGAGCCUCAUUGAGAAGGACCGCAAGGUCAUGCCCGGGGACUCGGUCAUCGCCGGCGGCAAGCUGUCCCACUCUCCCGAGAAGUCCAAGUCCAACCUGCACGAGCUCCGUCUGGUGCAGGCGGCGCUUCCCAAGGAGGAGUGGAAGAACAUCAAGCUGACCAUGAUCACGCCCGCCUGGUUCCACAUGCGCUACAAGCAGGGCCGGGCCUACACCAAGGACGCCUACGCCAACGAUGCCGACUACUUCAGCGACGUCGCCAAGGUCUACCAAGCCGAGCUUCAGCAGCUCUACGACGCUGGUCUGCGAAACGUCCAGUUCGAUGACCCCGGAAUGGCAUACUUCUGCUCUCAAAAGUUCCGCCAGGGUUGGGAAGAAGACAAGGACAACGACGGCACCGUUGAGGACCUCCUCGACGCCUACAUCAAGCUCUACAACGACACCGUCAGCAAGCUGCCCGAGGACAUGCACACGGGCAUCCACCUCUGCCGCGGCAACUUCAUCGGCGGCCGCCACUUCGCCGAGGGCUCCUACGACAUCAUCGCCAAGAAGCUCUUCCAGAACCUCAACGUCAACACCUUCUACCUCGAGUACGACACCGAACGCUCGGGCGGCUUCGAGCCGCUGCAGUUCCUCCCCAAGAACAAGAACGUCGUUGUCGGCAUCAUCAGCACCAAGGUCCCCAAGCUGGAGGACAAGGAGGAAAUGAAGGCCCGCGUCCUCAAGGCGGCCGAGUUCGUCGCCAAGGGCAGCGGUGAGACCAAGGAGGAGGCCCUGAAGCGCAUCUGCGUGUCCCCCCAGUGCGGUUUCAGCACCCACGAGAGCGGAUACCCGUUGAGUCUGGAGGACGAGAAGAACAAACUCUCUCUCAUUAGGGACAUUGCUGAUGAAAUCUGGGGCGAGGCUUGAAUGGGGUGCCAAAUUCACAUGUCGGCGGAAAGCGGAAGUUGAUUGAGGUAGUGGGGGUGUAAAAUUCAACCUGCGAGGUUUUUGAGAUACCUUACUGUAAAUACUGCAGGCGGAGCUGUGACAUAUGGGUUUUGUUCAACAGUAAGUCUCGUGUGCCGAGCCAACAGUUCCCGACAAGGUCGUCCUCCAAAUCAAGACGGCUUUUGGGGAAAAAGAACAAAUGUUUCAGACUCUUCGUUCAGACUCUUGAUGGGUAAAACAACGAAAUUCAUGAUAUUAUACAUCUCAAAUUGGGCAGGUUCAACGACUUGGUAAACUGGUAAGACUCAUUGUGCGACUGUGGCUACUUAUGCCUAUGAACGACAAGGCUAUUAUACAUGUAGUCCGUGGGAUAUUAAACCUGGAUAUUUAACAAAGGGAAACGGGUGAGAUUCAUAAAAUGAAAGU